AUGGCUGAAGACGCCUCGAGUGGUGGCUGGAGCACUAUUGAGUCGGACGAAGUAGGUGACGCAGACUGCGAUCUGGGCGUGUUCACAUCUCUCAUCGAGCAGUUGGGAGUGAAGGGUGUGCAAUUUGAAGAGUUGAUAUCUCUGGAUGCAGACUCCAUACGUGCUUUGAGUCCUGUCUACGGUGUCAUUUUCCUCUUCAAGUGGAUAGGCUCUUCUUCAGAAACCAAGGGAACCCCGCAGGAUGGAUCGUACGACCCUGCGGUGGUCGAAGAUGAUGGAUUGUUCUUUGCCGCUCAAACCAUACAGAAUGCUUGUGGAACCCAAGCCAUACUCUCAGUGGUGCUCAACAACGACAAAUCCAGCGAUCCAAGUACAUCAGGAGCUGACGGCAGUCACGCGAGAAUAGAGAUCGGAUCAUCGUUGCAAGAGUUUAAAGAUUUCACAACUGGUUUCGAUGCUGGGCUAAGAGGAGAAUCAUUGUCCAACUCAGAUCUGAUUCGAGAAACACACAACAGCUUUGCGCGAUCGAGCCCGUUUGCCGAUGAGACACAACGAGAUCCCAAUGCAGGAACGGAGGAUCUUUUUCAUUUCAUCGGUUACACUUCGUACCAUGGCAAACUGUACGAGUUGGACGGAUUGCAACCAUUCCCCAUUUCCCACGGCGACUGUUCCCCUGAGGACUUUCCCGAAAAGAUCAUUCCAGUCCUACAGCGGCGCAUCGAAAGAUACCCAGCAGGAGAGGUUCGAUUUAAUCUGAUGGCUAUGUGCCAGGAUCUAAGGGUCAAGGCGCAAGAGUUCCAGGACUAUGAGAGCCUUGCUCGACAAAAGAAAAAGCGUGCUCAAUGGGACUGGGAGAAUGCUCUCAGACGCCACAACUUUGUUGGCUUUACUGGUGAAGUGCUCAAAGGAGUGGUUGCAGCCAAAGUCAAGGAUGGUAGCUAUGACAGCUGGGUCGAAGAGGCCAAGAAAACGACCGAGGCAAGACUGAGAGAACGAGCGGCGAGGAGUCAAGAGACGAAUUAA